CUGCUUGCAGUCAUCAACUCAAACAGCAUACGACUUCUCCAGAGUUAUUGCAUACCUCCGCUUGACUAGAUACAACCACAGCCAUGUCCUCCGCCGGCCACGCCGUCGACCAGCAGCGCAAAUCCACCACGAUGAAGGCGCACUUCGUGCUGGUCCCGAUGAUGGCGCAGGGACACAUGAUCCCCAUGACCGGCAUGGCCCGCCUGCUGGCCGAGCAUGGCGCGCAGGUCAGCUUUGUCACCACUCCGGUGAACGCCGCCAGGAUGGCAGGAUUCGUCACCGCUGUGGAGGCGGCUGGCCUGGCAGUGCAGCUGGUGAAGCUCCCCUUCCCGGCCACCGAGUUUGGGUUGCCGGACGGGUGCGAAAACCUGGAUAUGAUCCAGUCCAGGGAUCUCAGCCGAAACUUCAUGGAGGCCUGCGGAGCGCUCCGGGAGCCGCUCACGGCGAGGCUCCGUCAGCUAUGCCCACCUCCAAGCUGCAUCAUAUCUGACAUGGUGCAGUGGUGGACCGGUGAAAUUGCAAGGGAGCUCGGUAUCCCAAGGCUAACAUUUGAUGGCUUCUGUACCUUCGCCUCCCUUGCCAGGUAUAUCAUUUUCCGCGACAAACUGUUGGACAAUGUCGCAGAUGAGGAGAUCGUCACUUUCUCAGGGUUCCCUAUGCUGCUUGAGUUGCCAAAGGCUAGAUGCCCUGGAAGCUUGUGUGUUCCAGGUAUGGAACAAAUUCGUGAUAAGAUGUAUGAGGAGGAGCUGCAAAGCGAUGGCAAUGUAAUGAACAGCUUCCAGGAGCUGGAGACUCUGUACAUCGAGUCCUUUGAACAGAUAACAGGUAAGAAGGUCUGGACAAUCGGCCCAAUGUGCCUCUGUGACAGAGACAGCAACAUGAUGGCUGCUAGAGGAAACAAGGCAUCAGUGGAUGAGGCAAAGUGCUUGCAAUGGCUUGAUUCAAAGAAGCCUGGUUCAGUGAUCUUUGUCAGCUUUGGCAGCCUCGCCAGCACCGCACCUCAGCAGCUUGUUGAGCUGGGACUGGGGCUUGAAGCUUCCAAGGAGCCUUUCAUCUGGGUGAUCAAAGCAGGAAAUAAGUUUCCAGAAGUUGAGGAAUGGCUUGCAGAUGGGUUCGAGGAACGCGUUAAAGACAGAGGCAUGAUAAUAAGGGGCUGGGCACCACAGGUGAUGAUCCUAUGGCACCAGGCCAUUGGAGGGUUCAUGACACACUGUGGGUGGAACUCAACAAUAGAGGGCAUUUGCGCGGGCGUGCCCAUGAUCACAUGGCCACAUUUCGCAGAGCAGUUUUUGAAUGAGAAAUUUGUGGUGAAUCUGCUGAAAAUUGGGCUGGAGAUUGGAGUGAAAGGAGUGGCACAAUGGGGAAGUGAACAUAAAGAAGUUAGGGUGACAAGGAAUGCUGUGGAGACAGCAGUGUCCACAUUGAUGAAUGAUGGAGAAGCUGCACAGGAGAUGAGGAUGAGAGCAAAAGACUUGGGUGUAAAGGCAAGGAGGGCUUUGGAAGAGGGAGGUUCUUCCUAUGAUAACAUAAGCCUAUUGAUUCAAGAAAUGGGAAACAAGCAAAAUGCAUCUGGUUGAUACAGAUGGGAAUAAGCAUUUUUUUUAAUCAUGAUGAGCAUGAAGUGGAGGACCUAUCAUACUUAUAUCUUCAUAAAGUAUGGAAGAUGUCCACAUUUGGUUAUUCAACUAUGGAUUUGGCCUGAAUUUCAUCCCUCUAACUAUAAAGGAUUGUGUUUUACAAAUGA